UAUUUUUUUAUAACUUCCGUUAAGCAAUUUCUUUUAAACUGUCAUUUAUAGAAAAUACACUUUUAGUUCAAGUAUCGUAUAUACCAUAUAAAUAAAAUUGUCAAUAUCUAUAGGAUACGAUUCUACGAAAGUUUAGAUUUUUGUAUCCAGUGAUUGUUUUACAGCGAACCAAGCAAAAUGAGUUAUGGUUAUCAAGGACCACCACCACCAGUGAUUCCUGGAAAUGUAAAACCACCAACAUCAUUUGGGGCUCCACCUGGCACACCCUCUGCCCCCGGUGCUGCGCCUUAUUCUCAAAGUGACAACAUAGGCUUUACAAAUAUUCCUCCUGUAUCUUUUGGAAUGCCACAGCCUUAUUCUUCUCAAGUCUUAACUCCUUAUCCAACACAACCUUGUCAUCCUAUACCUAAUCAAUAUCCUCAAUAUCCUCCUCCAACUCCAGAAACUUCUCAACAAAUGCCUUUACUUAUGCAAAAGUCGACUUCUUCUUAUCCUCAGCAAAUGCAGCAAUCAUAUUUAAAUCAAUUUACAAUAUAUCCACAACAGCAAAAUUAUAAUUAUCCAAAUCUUCAGACUAUAUCAGACUCAAAAGAAUAUUUUAAUACAUCUUCUCCUUAUACCUUUGGUCCUAAUGUUUAUUCAAAUAAUUCAAGUUCCUAUCAAAGCGGAAGCUAUCCUGGGGGGCAGGGUGCAGGAUUCUAUUCUCCACACAAGGAUAGAUCUUAUCAAGCUCAUCCAGCCCCAGCCCCCCGGAGAAAUCAGUUUGCGCCUAAGUUAUCUCCUACAGUCAUAUCAUAUAAUGAUUUUGAUGCCAGAGCAGAUGCAGAAAUUUUAAGGAAAGCAAUGAAAGGUUUUGGUACAGAUGAAAAGGCUAUUAUUAAUGUACUUGCCAAUCGUAGUAAUCUACAACGCCAAGAAAUUGCUGUUCAAUUUAAGACUUUAUAUGGGAAGGAUCUUAUAAAAGAUUUAAAGUCCGAAUUAUCGGGCAAUUUCGAAAAAUUAAUUCUUGCUAUGAUGAUGCCAUUACCGCAAUUUUAUGCUAAAGAAUUGCAUGAUGCAAUGGCAGGUAUUGGUACCGACGAAUGCGUUCUUAUCGAAGUAUUGUGUACUAUGUCUAAUCAUGAGAUUUGUGUAAUUAAACAAGCUUAUGAAGCAAUGUAUGGAAAAACAUUAGAGGAUGAUUUAAGAGAUGAUACUUCUGGAAAUUUCAAGCGAUUAAUGGUAUCAUUAUGUUGUGCUAAUAGAGAUGAAUCAUUCGAUGUGAAUCCUGCAUCUGCUAUAGAAGAUGCAAAAGAGCUUCUCAGAGCUGGUGAACUUCGUUUUGGAACUGAUGAAUCAGUAUUUAACUCAAUACUUGUUCAAAGAAAUGUUCCACAACUGAAACAAAUAUUUGAAGAAUAUGAAAAUAUUACUGGUAACAGCAUUGAAACUGCAAUCAAAAACGAGUUUUCGGGUGAUAUUAAGAAAGGUCUUUUAGCAAUUGUGGAAUGCGUUAAAGAUAGAGCAGGUUUUUUUGCUGAACAAUUGUAUAAAAGCAUGAAGGGUCUUGGUACAGAUGAUGAUCGUUUAAUCAGAUUGGUUGUUACUCGUUGUGAAAUAGACAUGGGAGAAAUCAAAGAAAUAUUUAGACAGCGAUAUAAUGAAUCGCUGGAAGAUUUUAUUUCCGGUGAUUGUUCUGGUCAUUACAAGAAAUGUCUUCUAGCACUCAUUUCUUAAAACUAUUAACAGAAGUUAUAUUUGGUUCCAUUUAAUAACCUUUUCAAAUAUUUUACAAUUUAUAUAUUUGUUUAUAUAUUCUUCAUUGCUUAAUGUGUUGAUAUAAAUGAAUGAAAUAUAUUGAAAUAUUAUAAUUUACAUAAAAACUUUUAAUUACAACUUUAAUUACAUAAAAAAAUUUAUAAAAAUUUGCAUAUAUUACUAUAAGGUAUAAGGUAAAGUUUUGUACUAUGAAUCUCAAAUCUUUAUAUUAUUGUUAAAAAUUGAAAUGUUAUAAAAGUAUUUAGUUACUAAUACUACGAAUCUA